AUGGCGGUUUCAUCUAUAUUAUUACUGGUAACCGUCAUUACCUCUUGGAACCUUGUAUACUCACAAAAUAGCCCUGGAAACUAUUUUAAUUCUCCUCAAAUUUCCCGUGACAAGUCUCCUGUCUUUUCUAUUGGCUGCGAUUGCUUUUCAGUUCCUGACUGCUUUAGUAACUGCUCCGCUGUUCCAGAUUUGUUGCCAUUACUUCGAAAAUCGAGUCAAUUUCUUCAAACUUUCCCGAGCCCCUUCACUGUUACCAAACCACAACAAUUCCGCAAACGGAGUUUCAAGUUUGAUACCUCAACAGCUAACAAGAGAGUAAGUAAUUGUUCUUUAUGA